GUUAUGGCGACGGAGGGGGAUACUCGGAAAAGGGAUACGGUUUCAGGAUGCCUCACAAGAUAGGGUUUGGAGUCGUCAGCUCCUCUGGUCAUGAGGAUAACUUCUGUGCCAAGGAGUUGAUGGUCCAUGCGCCCACUGUCAAUGGCUGGAGAUCUUCCAGAUUGUGCCCCUACCCCCAGGAGAUCACCCUGCAGCUGACAGAGCGCUGCCGCAUCAGGAAGCUCCAGCUGCUGGCCCAUCAGUACAUGAUCUCCGCCAAGAUCGAGUUCCACGUAGGGGACAGACCGCCUGCGGUGCCUUCUCCCCACGCUCCUGAGAGAUACCGCAGGCUUGGGUAUGUGUCCCUGUCAGAUAAUGAGAAAACGGGAUUUAAAGCUCGCGAGCUGAAGUCUGUCCAUGUGGAUGCGGUCGGAACGUACCUCAGCUUGACGUUCCACAAAAACCAUGUCAACCGCUAUAACCUCUACAAUCAGGUUGCUUUGGUUGCGAUAAACAUUCUUGGUGAUCCAGUGGAUGGCAAAGAGAUGGACACAAUUCCCACCAGAGAUCAACUGAUUGAACAUUACCUCAACGGCACUCAUCAGGAAAUGGCCCUGGAUGGGACCUACACAGGGAAGUGCGACCCCAUCUCCCUGCUGGACGACCUGGCGUUCGAUAUGUACCAGGACCCCGAGGUGGCCCAGAUCAUCCGCCGCCUGGACGAGAGGAAGCAGGGCGCCGUGCGGCAGGAGAAAUACGAGCUGGCCAAAACGCUCAAGCAGGCCAUCGCCGACCUGCAGAAGGUCGGGGAGCGCUUGGGCCGCUACGAAGUGGAGAAGCGCUGCGCCAUCGAGAAGGAGGACUACGACACCGCCAGGCAUAAGAAGGAGCAGAUGGAGGAGUACCGCUUGAACGUGUACCAGCAGCUCGAAGUUCACAACCUCUUGGACGUGGGUCCGAUUCAGCAGGCGACUGAGCCUGCUGCCAAGGAGCGCUCCGUACCUGCCUCCUCGCCCUCGCCCCCCCGCUCCCCCUCCCCCGCCCCUGCCCCCUCUCCCUCGCUGGAGAAACGGGUACAGUCACCCCCUGAAAUCGCGAGGGAGAAGAAGACGGAGAAAUUCAAGGAGCAGGAGCGGGACCAUACUCCUGCCCCCGCCUCCCCACAGCGGGGCCAGAUGCCCCCCGCCCUGCCCCCAGCCCCGCCAGAGAUCCCUGAGGUCGAUGUCAGCACCCUGCCCUAUGAUGACAGGCCACUGCCCGCCCUGCGGACCCAGCAGAACCAGCAGAACCAGGCCGAGCAGCCGGAGCUCCGGCCCGAGGAGGAGGCCCCCGACCCGGCCCAGUCGCCCCGCAGCCCCAGGGUGACCGGCGAGGCCGAGCCUCUGACGGAGAAGGCCAUGCGGGAGGCCAGCUUCCCCAUCGAGGUGUACGGAGACGGCCUGGUGGCCGCGGCCUACUCCAAGACCUGGUCGUACCGGGAGGACGCCCUGCUGGCGGUCUGUAAGAAGCUGGGGCAGGCCCCGGCCGGGACCCCCAAGGAGGACCUGAGGACCAUGAUGAGGGCGGCCGUGUUCCUCGCCCGGAAGGCCAUCUUGGACAAGGUGUCGUCGGUCUUCCAGGCGUCGCUGAAGCUGCUGAAGAUGAUCCUGACGCAGUUCAUCCCCCAGCACAAGCUGGGAAGGGCGGAGGUGGCGCACUGCGUGGAGCAGACCUGGCCCAACCUGAUGGCCAAGACGGGAGACCCUGCCGGCAGACUGCGCGUCACGGCUGCCGGCUUUAUCCAGGAGAUGGCGCUGUUCAAAGAGGUGCGGUCGUUGCAGACGAUCCCCGCUGAGCUGGUGAAGCCCAUGAAGUCGAGUGUUCCCGCCCGGCUGGCUCUGAGCCAUGUAGAGCUCACCGAGAGGCUGCUGAGCGAGCUGGGCCUCGAGGGAUCUGGGUUCUCGCUCAAGAACGUCAUGCAGUUUUCCGCAGGUGCUCUGGAGCACAGUGCCGCUGAGGUGCGGGAGAAAGCCGUGCACAUUGUCCUGGCCAUGUACCGCCAACACCGGAGCGCCGUCCUGGACUUCCUCCCGCCCAACGACGCCAAGACGCGCAGGAACAUCCUCUACAAGAACAUCUUCGACGAGUUCGCCAAGAUCGAGGGCCGACCGGCCGGGCCCCAGGCCAAGACGCUGAAGAGGAACGUCACGCGCGUGGUGCACAAGCAGAAGAAAGAGGAGAUCCGGACUCUCCAGGAACAACUGGCCGCUCUCAAGGAGAUCAGCGAGAAGGAGAAGGGGAAAGAGAAUAGUAAAACAAAGCAGACUUCAAGAGCAGUGAAGGCAGGUAUAAAAAAGACACCUGCCACCAAAGCCGCAGUGGUGAGAGAUGUGGACCAAUCACAAGUCGCUAAUUAUUUAGACCGGCUGUGCAUCUUCUGUGGGGAGAAGGACGAGGCGUUCACAGAGGAGGGGCUGGACCUGCACUACUGGAAGCAUUGUCCCAUGCUGCGGCGAUGCGACCUUUGCAGACAGGUGGUGGAGAUCUCCAGCCUGAAUGAGCACCUGCUGGAGGAGUGUGAGAGUAAAGCAGCAUUCACCCAGUGCCCCCACUGUGCAGAGGCUGUGCCCAAAGACCAGCUGGCAGAGCACAGCCAGAGUCAAACCUGCAACCCUCCUGCGACUGACAAAGUAUCAAACCACUGUCCUUUGUGCCAUGACAAUUUUAUGCCUGGAGAGGAGGCCUGGAAAGCUCACCUCAUGGGGAGAGAGGGCUGUAAACAGAACGCACGGCGGACGGCGGCCAUCUUGCGAGCGCUGCAGUCACAAGGAAAGAUGGGCUCCACAGCCACUACAAAGCAGGGGCCCGUGGGGGCGAGAGGCAGGCCCGGGCCCAGCGGGAGCCGGAUUCCUGCCCCUAAGCCUGCGGGUAGCCGGACCAACCGCCCCAACCCUGUCAGGCGGUGAGCCAGCGAGACUGUGGUCCUACGCCAACCCUGGGGCCCCAGCAGUGCACAAAAACCUGGUGACCGAGACGCAGACCCCGCUCUGACUUCUCACAAAUCUCUGCAGGGGUGUCACCGCACCCCGUCUGCUGAAACGGCCGGUUAACGGGACUGAACACGGUCCCAAGAACGCUUUACUGGGUACUUGCAUUUACAGUGUGUGUUUACAUUGUAGCUAGUGGCUGUCUCCUCAGUUCUGGCCCUCCUUCAGUUUCAGUUUCAGUGCGUAUUCAAUAUUUAUACUUUUUCAUAUGUCAGGAUAAUCAGUGAAAAUGUCGCCUGUAGUGUCAUUCCUUGCUUUGUUUUAGCUUAACGGGUACACAUACUGAAAAAGCAAUGAAGACUUUCACAGCUGAGAAAUCUUCAUUUGAAUUUCACACUCUAACUUCAGCGCAACACAUUCCCCCAAAUGAAUAACUGAUGAAAGGAUUCUUGAUUUCUUCUCCACACCUCGUUUUUUCCCAAUUUCAACCAUGAAGAGGACAUUUUGUAGAAAAUUGCAGCAGCAAUAGUUAAAUACAGCAGGGGAGAAUGAUGCAGUUUUUCCACCACUGCCUUUGGAAAACCUUGUGCUUUGCUACAAAUCCGAAUAUCAAAAAAUUAUCACUUUAAUAUGCUGAAUUAGUUAGCUGGUUUGGGCUGAUUAUGUUGAAGAAAACACAGGCAAGCUGAAAUGUUGAGUCUACACUAAUCUGCUUGAAGCUGCAAGCAAGAGAGACCUACAGGCUACUGCCUGUUCACAGGCACCAGAUCACUUCAGAUUCACCAAUUUUCACAUCACAUUGACAAUGUGAUGGUACAUACCAAUAUAACGUGUGCAUAGUUUGUAUGAAUAUUUAAAAUUCACUCAUCGUUAUUGCAAAAGGAAGCACUUUUCAGUACAGAGGACUCCUAGAGAGUAGGUAAGGAACUAACUUCGUGUGUACGUUUCUUCACAUUCUGUGAAGUUUUUAAUGGAGGGAUUGUUUCUUCUGUGUACCCUUUUCCCCUUUUAGAAAUCCAAGCUUUGUACUUGGGCCUUUGUUUAGAAAAAACUGGCUGGAAUGUGUGCUGUGAGGAAGAGUAUUUUAGUUCUGGGUGUGAGUGAUGUACUGUGCUUAGCGAACAUCAUGAUAAAACAGCUGAGCAGUGAAAGGACAGCAGCGUAGCCAUUUCAGUGCCGAGUCACUGCGGCAAAAAACAAAAUGGUUUCCUCCACCCAAACCUCGAGCAGUAUUACGGUGUUUUGUUUACAGGCGAGAUGUAAAUCAGGGAUAGGUGUUGCUUAAACUUAAACAAGUAGAAUAGACCUCCUGAAACUCAAGUGACAAUCAGUAGUUUUCCACCCUGAUGGCUGAGAGUAGCUGGAAUGAAUGAAUAGAAUAGAGUAAACAGUAUGGUCAAGGUCUGUUGCCACACAGCGCUUGUCCUGGCUAAGGGACUUGUUUAUUAAUGUGUGCAAUCGCUCAACUUGAUCUGAUGGUCUGAUUUUAGUCACAGUAGGCAGGCCCAAGCGCCUUAUGUCAAACUAACCUGUGUCUAACACUUACCUGUGAAUUCACCUUUACAUAUCCUCAGCUGUGAAUUUCCAUCUCUAUUAUCUGAUCAUUAAAAAUGCCAAUGAAAUUAAUCAUUGUUAUUUUAUCAUUCAGGUUGUUUUAUAUUAUGGUUCUGUUCCACUGAAAAAAAAUCUAAUUUUCAGUCAAAUUUACUUUUUUUGGUUUACUGCUGUACAUCAUCCCUCAACUAUUAAACUUUCGGGAUAAUACCGCCUUUUGAAUGAUUACGCCUUGUGUAUGGUGGAAUUAGUGUAAUGAUUUACCAUUUCUAUCCUUGGACUGAGAACCAUUACACAGCGCAUAGUCAUCCUAUAAUGAAACUUUGCCAGCCUUUACUCCAUACCCAGGAGAGUGUUUUGUGGCAAUUAUUUUCUUGUUACAAGCUUUAGGGACAGGUACAGCAUCAUGAAUCUCAUUGUUAGAUCCUGGAAUUUAAUAAUUCUUCUCCACGAAAAAUCCAAAAUUUAUAGAAAAAGGACUAUUGGGUACUGAUGUUCAAAAAAUAGCUCAAAACAAUCUUCAAACAUCUAUUUAGAUUCUGGAAUAAUUAUAAUGAUAUCUUAAUUGGUUCAGACUGCAAAAGAAAACAAAUGUUCAAAUUUGUUUUUACUUCAGCCAUCUUAAAUAAAAUAUGCAAAUGAGCUAAUUUACAUACUAAGUACUGUGCAGAAGUCUUAGGCACCCUAGACUUUAUUAUAUGUAUGUUUAUUUUUUUGUGUGUGUUAGUAUAAAAGAACACAUUUGAGAUUUCCAAAUACUCAUUUUCCAAAAGAUUUGAUUUUACAGAGACAUGUUUGUAUUUAAUUUUAAAAAGUAACAUAUUACUGUAAGCAACUGACUACUUUUUACAUAAAAACUUGAUCAAGGCUGUCUGAAAUCAGAAGCAAAGAGCCAACCAAAGUCUGCAGGAGAACUGUGGCAAGUUCUCCAACAUGCUUGGAACAACCUCCCUACUGAUUGUCUUAUAGAACUGCAGGACAGCGUUGGCUAUCUCAGAGAAGUGAUUAAGAAGAAGUUUUAACGCGGAAGGGUGUUCACAAAAAAUAUUGAUUUGAAUCCAUUUUUAACUAUUCUGCCAAAUUACUAAAAUGUAAUUUAAACUGUAUAUUACAUUUAUUUAGGACCUUUCAUUGAAUUAUUUUUGAAAGAAUCUUAUCUGUACAGAAUGUUAUACAGGUGCCUAAGACAUUUGCACAGUACUGUAUUUUGUCGGAAUUUAUCUUUUAUCUUUUUAUCUUAUGUACCUCUGAAAUGAUCUGGAAGACCAAAGAUGUGUUUUCGGUGGAACAUAACCAUAAUGCUUUAGUAUUUCUGGAGCACUAAUUCAUGAACAAUAAUUAAUAUACAAAGGAAAUUAUGCACCCCAUGCAACUGCCUCCUUAUAAUAGCUCUAGCCAGAAAUAGAUCAUUUUCCAUUUGAGUACGAUUAGCACAAUCAGUAAAAGCACAACACAUUAUAAAUCAAAUGCUUUAAUGUAUCAAUCUAUUAUACAGACAUAACCAAGUGUUUUCUAUAAUAUUUUAUAUUUACUGAAAUUAUCUAUGAUUACGGUUGCAGGGCUCAGUCUACCUUUGUUCGUACGUCUAAAAUAAACUUUGCUGCCAUAAGUAACUGGUCCCUUGGGAGCUUUGGCUAGAGACCUUUGUCACUGGUGUAGAAGCCAUAAAUUCCUGGAAUAUUUAUAUUCCCAAGGACAAUAAUUUAACUAGGUUUCAUCCAAAUCUGACCACAGCUCUUUCAGUUAGGGGAGAGAGAGGAAGAGAGAGGGAAACAUAAAUGUGGGUAGAAAAGGAGAGGAGAUGUGAUGGGAGAGCAUAAGAGAGGAACCGAGGGAAGGAAGGAGAGAAAGAUUAAGAGAGGGAGAGAAUUUUAACAGUCUCUCUCUAAACAGUAAUAAUCGCUCCACUCAAGCUCUCUGUCCCUAGCUUGCUCUUGAAUCCUUUUAAAUCUUUCAUAACAUAGAUGUAUCAUUUAAAGUUUCAAAUAAGUUGAAAAAUUACUAAAUAUUACUAAAAUCCUAAAAUUACUGUCAUAGCAGUAUGCCAAAUCUGUUGAGGGCUCACACCUUUGAUCUGGUUGCAUCUGGUCGUAAAUUCCAUCAAAGCAAAUGGGUAGUCCUCAGUGUCCCAUGGUUUUCUUAAAAUGAAACUGAAAUAUUUCCACAGAAAUGAUUGUGUUUGACUGGUUCUUCAGGCUGUUCUGUGUGUCAGUGAGAAAAAGUUCAACAAGCACGUAUCAGUAAGAAUGCAUGAGUCACUUUUUCAUUGUCAGUUUCUUUGUUAUAAGGCUGCAUACAGAUUUGCUGCCAUUCAGGUGACGUCCUGAUCCGAAUACUCCUCCAUGCAUUUUGCUUAUAUUUAUUUUUUUGAUCAAUUGUUAUUUUAAUAUAAAUAGAUCAUAUACAUACAUACAUACAUACAUACAUACAGACAUACACACAUAAACAUACACUUUUGCAUGCAGUGUAGUGUUACAUAAAAAAUGACUUGCUUCUUUUGAAUUCAAAAGUUCUUGCUUUAAUAUCAGAAGUAAUGAAUGGUUCAAAGCAUCUACAGUGGGCUCCAGAAUUAUUGGUAAUAAUAAUAUUAUUAUUAAUAAUAAUAAUAAUAAUAAUAAUAAUAAUUGGUGUUUAGUUAUUGACAGGUUUUAUUUUCCAACUUGUGUAAAGUAGUGUGCUUUAUUGAUGAUUCAAUGGAAUCAACUCUGCAAAUACAUUUUCCCAACAGACUUUUUACAAUUAUUGGCACUCUUGCUUUAGUGGUUUGUGUAAACACCUCUAGCAAAGAUGGCAGCCAUGAAGUUUUUCCUGUAAGUUGUGAUACGCUUAGAGAACACAUUUGGAGGGAUGUUUGACCAUUCCUUCAUGCAGAACUUAUUAUUAUUUGUGGGUUGGUGCUUAUAGACCCCUUCUUCCAUUCAAACCAUAGCUUUCUGAUGGAAUUCAAGUCUGGAGACUGAGAUGGGCCAUUGCAGAACAUGAAUGUUGUUUUCACAUAACCAUUUCUGCGUGGAUUUUGAUGUACGAUUGGAGUCAUUGUGCGACUGGAUAAUCUAUAUAUGACCAAGUCUCAGCUUCCUAGCAACCAGAUGUUCUGCCAAACUUUCCUGGUUCUUCUCAUUGUGCAUUUGAAAAGUACUGGAAUUCAUUGUGCCAUUGAUCUUAAGCAGUGCCCCUGGACCACUGGCAGCAAAACAUCCCCAAAACAUCAAUGACCCACCUCCAUAUUUGACAGUAGGUGUGAGGUCCUUCUCCUCGUAUGCGUUCCUCACCAUCUUCCUCACUGUCCGUGGGGCAAUGUGCACUUGCGUCCUCUUCCUGGCAAGUUUGCAAACAUUCUGCUCAUUCUCCUUUUUAUUUCUUAUUAUUGCCCUUACUGUGCUGCAGUGAGUGGUCUGUUUAACCGUAUGUAUUUUCUGGUGCCAGACUUGUGAUGUUCAAUUGCUGUCUGUGUCCUCUGAAUUGAGUUGACAAAGGGAGUUUGCGUGCUUGUUACCUGUUAAAAUUAGUUACAUUUUAUUGCCAGUUUCGCUUUGUUUGAUUUUCUAAUGCAAUAAUACCUUUUGAUGGUUUUCAGAAAAAAAUUGAUUACUUCUUAAAAAAUAUUGAAACAUGAUUGGAAUUGUAUUUAGAUAAAAGUAUCUAGUUUUACCCUAUGUUUGAACAUAUCAUAUAGAUUAUUAUCAGUGUUGCUUAUUGUAUGUAGCCUUUUUCUUCGUUUUUAUAAAGGGUGCCAAUAAUUCUGGAGCCCACUGUGUUUUAGAUCCAGGUGUAUAGGUAUUGCUGUAACUGCCACGAGGCUUGUGAUUACAGGACAGAGAUGACAUUGUACAGCAGAGGUGUCAAACUCCAGUCCUGGAGGUGUUUGUGGUUUCCUUUCAAUCAGCAGCCAAUUAAGGCCUUGAGAACAAGGUGUGUGGACUCUUUAGCCAGUGAGAGACUUUGAAAUGUAUCUCUCACUGCGGCCCUCCAGGACUGGAGUUUCACGCCCCUGAUGUACAGAUUCAACAGUGGGUUCGUAUUUAGUGCAAACUUUCAAAAUCACACACAUGUUCACUCAAGGGAUAUUUUGCUACAUUAGUUUAUCAUUGUUUAUUCAAUGAAUGCUAACUGAUUUGGGUACAAUUUUUAAUUCCAGGUAGAGGAACAUUACCAAAGCUUUAAUGCUAUAACAAAACCAUGAACACUAGCAACCAUACAGAGUACAAGUGAUAUCUGCACUUUGUUUAAUGUAUGAGUAUGGAAAGAUAGCAUUUUGAUGAAUAAAAAUGUACUUGUAUAUUUGUAAUGAAGAUAUUAUUUCUCUCAUUAAGUAAUGAUUUGAGGAUGUCCAGAGUAAUGUUAUUGGCGUGUUCUUUGUUCAAUAACUUCUUGAAAAUUAGACAAUGGUGAGACUGACCAUGGACCAUCUUCUGUAGCCCCUUUCUCUAUAAAAUGUUAUUGUCUGCACAGCAAUCUAUGUUUUAAUGACAAAAACGGAAUAAAAUUACUUUCUUGUGCA